AAACAUUUACGGAUCAAAUUUUUGAAAAGCGUUUUCUUAGUAAUUAAUAAUUUUUCAAAGUAAUCAAUAAUUUUUAUAAAAUUUGUAAACAAGUUAAUCGCUUAGAAAAUGGAUAAUAUUGCAGUCAAGUUAUUUCCUUCUGUUUUAUCUGAUGCAGAUAAAGAAAAGGAGCCUAUGAAAGUUUUUUUGCGCAUUAGACCUUUUAUCAAGGCAGAAUUAUCUCAAAAUGAAAACCAAGGAUGUAUUUUAAUAAAAGACGAUACAAACAUUGAACUUUUACCUCCUCAAAAUUCAUUCAUGUACAAAUCAGGCAUGCGGUUAGCAAGUGAUCAAUCACACGAGUAUAGCUUCACUCAUGUUUUCAAAGAAACUACCAAGCAAAAGGAAUUUUUUGAUAAAACUAUGUUACCAUUUGUGGAAGAUUUAUUGGAUGGACAAAAUGGGCUUGUUUUUACUUAUGGGGUAACCAACUCAGGAAAGACCUAUACAAUCCAAGGAGUACCUGAAGAUGGAGGAAUUUUACCUCGCUCUCUUGAUGUAAUUUUUAACAGUAUUAAAAAGCAGAGAUACAUUCGUGCAAAUAUAAAGCCAAAGUUUUGUAAUGAAGUCACUUAUCUAACUGAAGAAGAAGAAAUACAGGAAGAUUUGAUUAAAAAGUCAGUUUUGAAUGCUGUUGAGCAUAAUGACACCUCAAAAUUUAUGAACAGUACAUCCAGGUCUGCAACAUGCAGCAGCUUAAUGUCUGAUAUUUCAGUUAUUCAAAAGAGUGACAGUAAUAUUGAUAUUUUAUCAGUUAUUGAUGAAGAAAUUCGUCAGCGAAUAGCUGAUAACACAACAGUUAACUUAGAAAAUCAUGGAAAAAACAUUCAGUAUUCAAUUUGGAUUUCAUUCAUGGAAAUCUAUAAUGAGCUCAUGUAUGAUUUAUUUGAUCCAAGUUCUAUUGUAAAAGGGAAAAAAAGAACAGCUUUGAAACUUGGGGACGAUAAAAAUGGAAACCCAUAUGUUAAAGACCUACGUGAAGUUUGUGUCAACUCAUCUGAUGAAGCGUAUAAGCUUUUACGUCUUGGUCAGCAAAAUCGUCGCAUGGCUGCAACUAAAUUAAACCAAUCAUCAAGUCGAAGCCAUUCAAUAUUCUCCAUUAAAUUACUAAAGAUAGUGGAUGAACAAGUCAGCCGGAUGAGUAGAAUUUCAAUUGUUGACCUUGCUGGUUCUGAAAGAUACUGUAAAACUCAAGCUGCAUCAGAUCGCUUAAAGGAAGCAAGUAAUAUUAAUUCUUCGAUAAUGACACUUGGUCAGUGUAUAUCUGCACUAAGAUACAACCAAAUCCAUCCAAAAUGUCAAACUAUAAUUCCGUUCCGUGAAAGCAAACUAACUCGUUUAUUUCAGAGUUUUUUUCUCGGAAAAGGUAAAGCAGCCAUGAUUGUUAAUAUCAGCCAGUGUGCAUCUGUAUUUGAUGAAACUAGCAACGUGAUGAAAUUUUCUGCUGUUGCUAAACAGGUAAAAUUGAAAGCGCAACGUGCUACAGAAAUCUGGAAAGUUCCUCCUAUCCCUAAAACUCCUGUAGCUACAAAAUCUUAUCCAAAAAUUUGUAUUGUAACGCCAGCAACUUCCAGUAAGCGGACUCUAAACGAUCCAACUGCUUUUAGUUAUGAUGAGUUAGUCCAAAUAGUUGCAGAACUACGCGAUAAAUUAAAAAAAGAGCGCAAGGAAAAAGAUGAGAUAGAAUCAAAAUUGAGAGCUGAAAUUUGCGGAGAAAUGAACGAAGUGAUGGAUGAAAUGGAAAAGGACUAUAAAAAUCAGCUUCAAGAACAGCGUGAAAGGUUAGAAGACCUAAUGGAAAAAAGAUUAGACUUGCUUACAAAUUUAGCUGAAACCCUACAUAAAAAUGAACAACGUGAGAAGCAAGAUGGUGAUGGAUAUGUAUCAGCAGUAUUGUUUCAAGCAGAGGUUUUAAAAUUAAAGGAUAGAGAUGAUACUAUUUGUCAGUUAAAAGCAAAGAUAGAUGAGUUAGAAUCAGAUAAAAAUCACAACAAGCAAUUGUCUCCAUUGCCAUUAUCUGGUUUAUAUGAAAGUUUAAAAAGAGAUUUUGAGGAAGCUAAGGAAACACUUGCAGUGCAAACUGAAGCCAUGAAUCGUAUGCAAGAGCAAUUGAUGUAUAAAGAUGAUGAAAUUGAGAAAUUGGUAGAGGCAUUGGGUGAUAACUCACAAGAUAGUAUUGAGGUAAGCAAAUUGGAAGAAGUUCAAAACUUGCUUGCAGAAACAACUCGUGAACUUGAAAUAACCAAAGGUCAGUUACAAGAACAAGAACAGAAACUUCAAAAGUUAGUGCAACUGGAAGAGGAUCACAAGGAACUUCUUAAAGUAGCAUCAAAUCACGAAGAAUGGUAUGAACUUAUUAAACAAAAAAAUGUAUUUUUAACAGAAGAGAAAGAUGAAAUUCAAAGAAAAUACAGUGAACUUGAUGAAAAAUAUAAAAGUACUUUGAAGGAGUUGGAGCAUACGGCAAAGAAUUACCAGGAAUCCGUAGAAGCAUUUCAAACUGCUCAAUUUGAAAAUGAAGAGAAUUGUUUAAAAAUAGAAAAACUUGAGUCAGUUACUAGUGAGUAUCAGGAAAGUUUUAAAGCUAAAGACUCCAUAAUUAAGGAACUUAAUGAAAAACUUUAUGAAUUAAAAGAAAAAAUUUCAUUUUAUGAAGAAAAAGAUUGUAAAGAAAAUAUAAAUACACAAGAAAUAGAAAGUUUGUUAACAAGCAAAGAAAACUUGGAGAUAAAGAUUAAAGACUAUGAGGUCAAAAUUGAAGAACUUGAAAAAAAGUUGAGUAGCUAUGAAAAUAAUUGUUCUAUGAAACCAGAAAAAGAUACAUUGUUGCAUGAAGGAAACAUGACUCCAAGUAAACCUGUCAUAAAAAGUUUGCAUACUCAGAAAAAAUUUGAUAAUUUCUCCAGUCCACUUUCUCCAAUGAUGAAAGUUAAACAAGUUGAAAUUAUACAAAAUUUAGAAAAACGCUUAGCAGAUACUACAAAAGCUCUUGAAAAAAAAACAGCUAGUCUAGUUUGUAAAAAUAACAAAAUUCAACAACUUGAAAAAGAAUGUAGCAAAGAGCUUCUAGUAGAGCAUGAUAAAAUAAAAAAAGAAAAUGCUGAAAUGCACACUAAACUUGAUGAACUUAACAAAGAAUAUACAAAUUUAAUAUUAUCUAAUGAAUUGCUGAAAAAAAGUUGCACUGAUUUUGAAUAUAAUGCUACAUCUUUACACCAAGAACUUAUUGAACUUAAAACAAAUUUAAAAUCCGCGGAAGAAGAGCUUUUAGUUGUGCAAAACAAAUAUGCAAAAAGCGUGGAAUAUUGCCAAUCUAUAGAAGCUGAACUUCUUAAUGUAAAAGAAGGAUUACUUAUCAUUCAAGAUAAGCUUAAAAAUUGUGAAAUGGAUAGCGCAGAAAAUAAUGAAAAGUCUAUAAUGUUAAAUGAAAAACUGUUGAAUAGCGAGUCUCUUUUGAAGAGUAAAGAAAGAGAGGUAAUGAAUCUACAAGAAAUCAAUGAAGAAACUAAGCGCUUGGUAAAGAAUCAUGAAUUUCAGAAAACUGUUUAUGAAGAAAAUGAAUUAAAGCUGCGUAAGGAUUUAGAAGAUCAACGUAAUUUUCAAACAGCUCUUGAGGAUAAAUUUAAGGUUAUGUUUCAGGAGCUGAAGGAGAGUAAAGUAGAAUUGAUCAAUGAUCGGGAUAAAGCAUGGAUAGAAGUAGAUAAAUUAGAGGCUGAGAAGAAUCAAGCUUUAGAUCAGCUUUCACUUACAAAAAAUGAAAUUCAAAAUUUAAAAGCAGAAUUAGAAAAACUGGCUAAGUUUGAGGGCAACAUCUCACUGGAACCAAAUUGUGAAACAAUAGUUGAUACAUUGCCAUUGCAAGUACAAAAACUUGAAGCAAAUAAAAUAAAAUUGAUUAAAAAAAUUACAAAAUUAGAAGAAGACUUACUUAAACAAGAAACAGUGAUAUCAGCUCUUCGUUUUGAAAUAAAUGAUCUUAAUAUUCAGAUAGUAGAAAUGUCUGACAAGUGCAGUAAUGCUGAAGAUAAACUUUUUGUUAAAAAUAAAACACUCUCUAAACUUGAAGCAGAAAAUCAAUUACAUCUUCAAAAAAUUAUGGUACUAGAAGAAAAUAUAUCAAUGUUAGAAAAGAAAAAAGGCUUAGUAGAAUUAAAAGAAGAAAAAAUAGCUUUGUUACAAGCAGAACAAAUAUCAGAAUUAAAUACAGAAAAAAUAUCAUUGCUAGAAGGAAGAAAAGUAACAAAUAAAGAAAAGUUAUCAGUUUUAGAUGAAAAUAUAUUAGUGUUAGAAGAAGAAAAAAGUAUAAAUAAAACAAAGGUUUCUGCUAAAAAGCCACGUUCUAAACAGAAAAGAAUUUCAGUAACAAAUGAAAACACAAUUACUUCAAAGAAAUCAAAAAUAACUCCUCAAAAGCCAUAUCCUAGCCGAAAAGUAUUAAAUUGCAUCCAAAAUAAUGAAUGCGAAACUUUGCCUGUUUGUAAUGAAUCACUUGUUGCGUCUGUGAGUAUCGCUUUGUCACCUCUUCAAACAGACUCACAUAAUGAAAAUAACUUAUGCAGCCAUAUUAAUAUAGGAGAGUUUGUUGCUUUAAAAACUGGAAGUGUAUCAGAACCAAGUAUUGGGAGGGUACUCUCAAAAUCCAGUAAUCGUUUAAUGCUAGAGAUAUGGCAAGAAAGUAAUAAAAAAUCUUGGUCAGUGAAAUCUGGUUACAAUAAACAUGAGAUUUUUGUUGACGAAGUUUUGUGUGGUGGCAUUUACUUUACAAACUCUAAAAAAUUGCCAAUAUCUCUUCAACGUAAACUGCAAACUCUCUAUUCAUAGUUUAAUUACUACUUAUUGUUGAUGCACCUUUUUAUUACAUUUUUAUAUUCUGUUUUUUUAACAAAUGAAAUUUUAAACUAAGUUUGACUAUUACAUAUAUUGCAAAUGGGGACUUUAAUGGGGAAUUUAAUGCUUUUAAAAGAGAUUUUUAAAUCAAUUUUGCAGAGUUUAUU